AACAUUCUGCAAAGGAAAAUGGGGAAAAAUCAAAUGAAGAUGAAGUUCCAGUUUUGCUGCAAGGUAAAAUUUUAGCGUGAAUUAGGACUCCUGUUGUCAGUAUCACCAAAUCCCUAUUAUGUAACAGAUUUAUAUAAUAUCUGCAUAUUGUACUUAGAGGGAUGUAUAAAUUCAGAUCCUGUUGCCUUGCCAAGACAUGAAACAAUGGUUUAUAUGGAAGACUUGCCAUUAGAAGAAAUGAACAAUGGUAUUCAUAUUGGUAGUUUUUUUUCCUUAACAGAUCAAAUUCUAAACAUGCAGAGUUUACAGGAAUACAUAUCUUAUGUUUAUGUUCUUAUACUGUAGAACCACCUCGCCCUAAUAUAAAUCACCAUGCACAAGGAAUGGAUUACACUAAGGCAACAUCAACACUUGGAAAACCUGAGAGUGAUACUGGUACUAAUUUUUAGUGCUUUAAUAUGUACUUACAUAACAACUCCAGUCAGUGAUGGUAGUGCACAUGUAAUAGUCAUUCAUCCCAAAUCAUUCUCUUCUUAGAUGACACAACUUCCAUUGCUGGUUCAAAUUCAAUUGCAUCAAGUGCCGAGAUUGCAUCCAGAUGUUUUCCUCCUCAAGCUUGCAACACUGGUAGUAAAAAACAAGAGAAAAACCAAUCAAUAAAUACAAAACACUGUAUACAAGACAACGAAAAAGAGUGCAAAGGCUGA